GAGAACGAGAAAGUUUAGGAUGAUCACCGGGGGGAAAACCUAUGGCGGAGGUGGACGCGACGGUGGAGUUCCUUAAAGCAGUCAUGGAAAUCUCAAGGACAGGCGUGAAACCUGAUUGGAUAGAGGUGGAGUAUGGUCCUUAUGGCAUCCGUGGAUAUAAGGAUUCUAGGCCUAAACGGGUUAAAUCUCAAGAGGAGUUGGAAGAGAUUGACAGGAAGAACAAGGAGCUGUGGGAAUUGCACAGCCGUGGAAAUGUAUUUGGCACUAUUUGCUCAAAGUGGGUUCGCUAUGGGCGCUGUGGAUUUGAUGAUUCGGAUCCCUUGUGUAGCAAGGAGCAUCCUCCAGAGUAUCGAGGUAAAUCAGGCCUCAUCCUGGAUAAUGAAUUAGCGUUCGCUCGCCAGAGAGUCCAGAAUGGCCAGGUUGACAGGAGGAUCUUGCCUCCGAGUGGAUGUAAGUCAUUGAAUCAUGAAUGACGAUCAUUCUCCCGCAAA